AGAGAGAGAGAGAGAAACAAAAGUUGUGUAAAACCAUUUCCAGAGCACAGUCCGAGAGAGAAAAAGAGGGUUGUUGCAGAGUUAUAGCUGCGAAGCACAUAGACAGAGAGAGAGAGAGAGAGAGAGAGAAGAAAUAAAACCCAUUUGAAAGAAGAAGAAGAAGAAGAAGAGGUUGCAAAACCCUAAACAAAAAAGUGUUUCUUUUUUGCAUUCUCUGAAGGACCAGCAUUACUUGGUACUGAUUUUGGAGGAGUGUUUGUUUAUGUUGGGACUUUAGACUGAGGUGAAAUUUGGUUCCAAAAGAAAGCUGAAGAAGAAAUUUCAUCUGGGUAUUAUAUUUUUCAUCAAAUUAAUGAUCUUUACUGCUUGAAAGAGGAUUCUGCGACACCUGUGUUGAUUGUGGGUGGAAUUAAACGCUUUGGAUUUAACUUUAGAUCUUUGCACUGGAGCGUUUAGGAGUACCGGGCACAAUGUCUUCCUUAAGUAGGGAGUUGGUGUUUCUGAUACUGCAGUUCCUGGAUGAGGAAAAAUUCAAGGAAACGGUUCAUAAGUUAGAGCAAGAGUCUGGCUUCUUCUUCAAUAUGAAACAUUUUGAGGAUCAGGUCCUGGCGGGUGAGUGGGAUGAAGUGGAGCGCUAUUUAUGUGGCUUCACAAAGGUAGAAGACAACCGAUAUUCAAUGAAAAUUUUCUUUGAAAUUAGGAAGCAGAAGUACUUGGAAGCUCUUGAUAGGCAGGAUCGAGCAAAGGCUGUUGAGAUUCUUGUCAAAGACCUUAAGGUUUUUGCAUCCUUUAAUGAAGAACUUUUCAAGGAGAUUACUCAGUUGCUUACUCUGGAUAACUUUAGGCAAAAUGAGCAGCUUUCAAAGUAUGGAGACACAAAAUCAGCUAGAAACAUCAUGCUUAUAGAACUCAAAAAACUAAUUGAAGCAAACCCACUGUUUCGUGAUAAGCUUGUGUUCCCAUCCUUCAAAAGUUCACGGCUAAGGACCUUAAUUAAUCAGAGUCUAAAUUGGCAGCAUCAGCUUUGCAAGAAUCCUCGUCCGAACCCUGAUAUUAAAACACUCUUCACAGAUCAUUCUUGCUCUCCAAAUAGUAAUGGAGGUCGUCCUCCCCCCACAAACAGUCCCCUUAUGGGACCAAUUCCUAAGGCUGGGGCAUUUCCCCCUAUUGGUGCACAUGGUCCAUUUCAGCCUGUUGUCUCCCCAGCUCCGGGUGCUAUUGCUGGGUGGAUGUCAGGCACCAAUCCUUCUUUACCUCAUGCUGCCGUAGCAGCAGGGUCCCCUGGUCUUGUGCAGCCUUCUAGUGCGGCUGCAUUCUUAAAACACCCAAGGAACUCCACUGGUGUAACAAGCAUGGAUUAUCAAUCUGCUGAUUCCGAGAACUUGAUGAAGCGGAUACGCACUGGCCCGUCUGAAGAGGUUUCCUUUUCUAGUGUAAUGCACACUCCUAAUGUCUGUUCACAAGACGACCUUCCUAAAGUUAUCGUGCGGACCCUCAAUCAAGGAUCUAAUGUCAUGAGCAUGGACUUUCAUCCACAGCAACAAACCAUUCUUCUAGUUGGGACAAAUGUUGGUGACAUUGGCCUUUGGGAAAUUGGGUCCCGGGAAAGGUUGGUGCAUAAGCCAUUCAAGGUUUGGGAUAUCUCAGCUGCCUCUAUGCCAUUACAGACAGCAUUGGUGAAUGAUGCUGCGAUAUCAGUGAAUCGAUGUGUUUGGGGGCCAGAUGGACUUAUGCUAGGUGUUGCCUUCUCAAAGCAUAUUGUUCAAAUAUACACAUACAAUCCAAAUGGAGAACUAAGACAGCAUUUGGAGAUUGAUGCACAUGCUGGUGGUGUUAAUGACAUUGCGUUUGCUCAUCCCAACAAGCAACUGUGUAUUGUCACAUGCGGUGAUGAUAAGACAAUUAAGGUAUGGGAUGCUGUAACGGGACGUAGGCAGUACACUUUUGAAGGCCACGAAGCUCCUGUAUAUUCAGUCUGUCCUCAUUACAAAGAAAAUAUCCAAUUUAUUUUCUCUACUGCCAUUGAUGGGAAAAUCAAAGCUUGGCUCUAUGAUUGCCCAAGAUCUAGAGUGGAUUAUGAUGCUCCUGGUCUUUGGUGCACCAUGAUGGCAUAUAGUGCUGAUGGAACCAGGCUCUUCUCAUGUGGAACGAGUAAAGAAGGUGAAUCACAUCUAGUUGAGUGGAAUGAGAGUGAAGGAGCUAUAAAACGGACAUAUUCUGGUUUCAGGAAGCGCUCCUUAGGGGUUGUUCAGUUUGACACAACCAGGAACCGGUUCUUAGCUGCUGGUGAUGACUUUCAGAUUAAGUUCUGGGAUAUGGACGCUACCAAUAUGUUGAUAGCUGUUGACGCAGAUGGUGGACUGCCCGCUAGUCCUAGACUAAGAUUCAACAAGGAAGGGUCAUUGUUGGCGGUCACAACUAGUGACAAUGGUAUCAAGAUUUUAGCUAACAAUGAUGGUGUGCGCUUGAUAAGGAUGCUGGAGAGCAGGGCUAUUGAUAAAAAUCGAGGCCCUUCUGAACCCAUUAACUCUAAGCCUCUGCUUGGUAACUCUUUGGGCCCAUUGGCAAAUGUUUCUCCUGCUGCUGCUCCAAUAAUGGAGCGUCCUGAUAGAAAUCCUGCUGCUGUAUCCAUCAGUAGUCUUGGUAACAUGGAUAGCAGCAGGCUUCUUGAUGUCAAACCACGAAUCUCGGAUGAUGUAGAAAAGAUUAUGAGCUGGAAAUCAUCUGAUAUUGUGGAUACAUCUCAACUCAAGGCUCUGCGAUUGCCUGACUCUGCAACAGCAGUCAAGGUUGUGCGACUGAUCUACACUAACAAUGGCAUGGCUCUACUGGCCCUUGCUUCCAAUGCCGUUCACAAACUUUGGAAAUGGCAACGUAGUGAAAGGAAUCAACUGGGAAAGGCUACUGCAUAUGUAGUGCCACAGUUGUGGCAACCUCCCAGUGGAACUCUUAUGAGUAACGAUGUAAAUGAAAAUAAACCAUCUGAUGAAUCUUCUGCAUGUAUUGCUCUAUCUAAAAAUGAUUCCUAUGUCAUGUCUGCUUCUGGUGGGAAGGUCUCUUUGUUCAACAUGAUGACGUUUAAGGUCAUGACAACAUUUAUGUCCCCACCUCCUGCAGCCACUUUUUUGGCAUUCCACCCUCAAGAUAAUAAUAUAAUUGCAGUAGGAAUGGAGGAUUCUACUAUUCAAAUAUAUAAUGUCAGAGUUGAUGAGGUUAAAACCAAGCUCAAGGGUCACCAGAAUCGGAUUACAGGGCUUGCAUUUUCCCAAACCUUAAAUGUGCUGGUUUCUUCUGGAGCUGACGCACAGUUAUGUGUGUGGAGCAUUGAUGGGUGGGAGAAGAAGAAAACAAGGUUCAUUCCAGCACCAGCUGGUCGCCAAGCUCCACUGGUUGGGGAAACUAAAGUUCAGUUUCAUAAUGAUCAAGCACACGUGUUGGUUGUACAUGAAAGUCAAAUUGCUAUCUACGACAGCAAGCUGGAAUGCUCACGCUCAUGGUAUCCAAGAGACACACUUCCAGCACCCAUAUCAAGUGCAAUUUAUUCAUGUGAUGGUCUACUGGUUUAUGCUUCUUUUUAUGAUGGUGCUGUUGGAGUUUUUGAUGCGGAUAGCUUAAGGAUCAGAUGUCGAAUAGCACCUUCUGCUUACAUUCCAUCAUUUUCUGUUAGCGGCAACUCGGCCUCUCCUUUGGUUAUAGCUGCUCAUCCAUCUGAGCCUAACCAGAUUGCUCUUGGCAUGAGUGAUGGUACAGUACAUGUAGUAGAGCCAAUUGAUGUAGAGCAAAAGUGGGGUGGCCCGUCCUCUCAUGAUAACGGGUCAAUGCCUUCUAAUUCAUCAAAUCCUUCCCUGAGUGGUCAAGCAUCAGAGCUUCCUGCUAGGUGAUCGAGGGUGUAGAUAAGUCUGCGCAACCACAAGGAGUAUAGAGAGCGAUCGUGAAUUUUAAUCAUUACCAUCUUCAUAUUUUGCUUAAGCCAUUGAUUUAGAUCUUUACUUCUAUAUAAUAUUCAUUGUAAAUUCUUUUUGUUUUUGGUCAUUUUGCUAAUAGAAAGUUUGGAGUAAUUUAUAUCUUGCUGUUGGUCAGCAAAGUUGAAGACAUCGUGGAAGACCAGUUGCCUUCUACCACACUACGUAUUUAAAAAUGCAUUCGAGGACAUCCAGUGAGGGUCAUUGGUUUAGCAAAGUAGUUGGAAGGCAUUCAGAGAAGCCAUUUGUCUUUCAUUAUAUUAGUUUUGGAGGGUUUCUGAUCAUAUGCCUAAUUCUUGCCUAAUGUUAUAACUAUGAUAUAGCUUCAUGUACUGUGGUGUUAGCAUGAGUGUUUUUGAGGGUGUCAUUUCCCUUCAUUUAUUUUAAUCUCAAUUUUUUAACA